AUGGAAAAUCAUAUAUUAAACGGUCUAAUUCUUCAUUUAAUGAGAGCUAUUUCAGAUUAUUUCUUGUAUUUUGAACUUGCUAAGUCUGCUUUUACCUUUAAAAUAAUUUUAAGAACAAAACAGCUAGUAAACAGCUUGAAUGCAAAUAGACAAUAUAAAAAAUUUGAUCUAACUUGA